GAAUCUCCUUUAUGUAUAUCCGCAAAUCGUCAAUUUUUCAAGCCGAUCAGGACAUGCACGAAACAUCGCUGUGAAGGUUCAGUUUCUUUCAGGAGAGAAUCCAAAAACUGCACCACUAGAGGUAUGUAUAUAUACGUAUAUAUACUUAUAUAUGCUCGAUUUUGCUUUGAUUGCUAGAUUCGUAAAUCAGUCAAAUAUCCAACGAAUCAAGUACAAAACUGAUUCAUCAAUCAAUAUUUUAACCAAUCAGCAGACUCAACCGAUCAUUAAAUUAACCAGGGUGCGAUAAUUCAAGAUUUGCAGAAUUAUAUUGAACUCUUCUAUCAGUAUUAACCUGCGGUGUCUGAUAGAGCCAACAGACUGGUGUGGAUUAUAACGGUGGGCAAUCGGUUAAUUGCCGAAUAAUACAUUUUGACCGAUCAAACCAAAUACUGCAAAAAGAAUCAAAGCAAGAGAAGGAAACCCAAAACAUUUUCUUGGAUUUGCUGCGAUGACAAGCAACAAAAUCACGUCACAACUUUGUACUAUCAGACAUGCAGACAAUUCGAAAACAAUAUUCGUGGGACUAAGGACUUUGGCACUGCUCACCAAAAGUCAUUAGACAAGUAGUGUAACAAUCUCGUACGAGACUGAGUAUUGUGAUCGAUCAUCACGGGCUAUCAAAUUAAAGUAAAUAUUGAAAAGCUGGCCGACCAUUAUUAGCCAUUGUCCGAGCAACUGCUAAGUUGACUGGACAUUAGUCAGACUCAAGUGAAAUCUUUAUAACCCACACUGCAAUAGACCUUCCCCAACAUAGCUUCUCAACCUCGUUCUAGGCCUUUUUUAAGUACAUUUGCCGAAUUGUGUUGAAAUAUGAUUAAAAAAGCUGUGAAAACAUCUAGAGCAAGGUGCUGUUGAACGUUCUUAUGCUUUUGAUAACCUUUUUUUAUAGACUUCGUUUUGCUAUGGUGUUUAAUUCAAAUGUUGUGUCGUUUUUUUUUGUGGAUUGUUUUAUUGUCCAAAAUAUGUGCUCGGAACGACUUUGUUCUGCUUAGACAUCGAAGGAAAUUGAGAUAUUUGUGUAGAAAAUAGACUAACAAAAUUACAAAUUGUACAUGAAGUGAGAGCUUAGAGAAAGGUCAACAUUAUAGAUACUGUACGUUUAUUCAAAACCAAACCACGCGAGUGGCCUGCAUGCAUGUUUGUGGCGCUAUCUUGGGAAAGGUUUAUUAAUCUGGAAGCGCUCUUUUCACGUUCGACUGAGGCGAAAACACAAUCAGAACGCUGAAUAUUGCAGAGAUCGAAUUCCGGUCGCAGUAUUGAAAGGCACAUGCACUGUGCCACAAUACCCCGUUGAACUUAGCCCGCGUGCAGGCCCAAGAGAAGAAUAGUAAGCAAGGCUCUGUAUUUUGUAAAACGCCCCUUUUUAUAACACGCCCCAUUCGCGCGUCAAUUGUCAAAAAAGAACCAAUGACAGCAACCCAAAUAGUAACAAACAAACUCGCAUUAAAAUGUUGCGAGGUUUUCUCUGCUUUAAUAUUCAAAAUAUAAACAAUGUGUAAAUGGCUGUGUUUUAACUCGAAAAAAGCAAGCAACGCAGUCAGUAAUUGCCAAAUUUGCAAGUGCUCAUUUUCAACUAAAAUCGGAACAGGCAAAUUAGGACGAAUUUCAACAGAAAACCAGUCUCAAAGUUCAAAUCGUGAGGGAAGUCGUGCGACCACAUUAGCAUUAAUGUGUGCUUCGCUGUCGCCAUUGUUAUAAAUAAAUUGUCUCACUUAUCAGAUCGUGUGUGCAAUUCUUGUUGGCGGCGGCGGAAAGUACGAAAUUUAUUUCAGUUAUUUCAUUUGGUAAAGAACUUUACAGGAGAAGAGAGCGUUAAGAGUCCAGAUCGUUUCGUUUCAAACGGCAAUUACCGUCUUCUGCUUCGCUCUCUCAGCGAAGUCCUGCAAAUCGCAAAGUGUUUCGAAUAGGCUUAUAUGCAACUGCCUCUAAAUCUUCACCGCGAAAAGCGCUGUUUUCUUCAGUGCUAGGACAGAGUCAACAUCAACCAAAAGAUAAUUUUCUUGAGGAACAUAUAACAUAUCAAGUCUGUUUGAAAUUUAAUGAAACUCGAGUAAAGGUUACUAUAGUUUACCCCAGUCGUAAUGUUGCUAUUCCAACACUUCACGACAAGCAAUCCCCGUUGGCAUAACGGCAAAAAAUCUCUUCCUUCAAGUAAACAAUAAACAGUCUGUUCUUGCUCCAUUUUUAAUCGAAAAAAGUGAUCAAUUUUCGAAUUUUAAGCUUAUCGAGAGCCUUUGUGAUGAAUCAGUGAUCUAGUUAUAGAAUCAAACAGCAAACAGCCAAUCAGAAUGCCGCGUUCGUGGGCGAACGCGGAAAGUACAAAAUACCGGGCCUUGCUUGCAGGCCCACUAUUCUUCCCUUGGGCCUGCACGCGGGCUACGUUGAACUAACUUAAUUAAACUAACAAACUGGACAAAUAAACUAGACUAUAUGAAAUUAACAAACAUCGCAAGCAAAGUGCAUCACAAGCAAAGUGCAUCGCAAGCAAAGUGCAUCUUUUCACGUACAUGCGUUUCUUCCUAUCGUCUGAUGUUUUCGAUUUUAUUAUUUCUUUAGUGUAUAUUUGGUAAAUCAAGCUGUGCAUCUUUCUCUAAAUCAGCCUGGACAUCGAUAACGUAUCACAACAAGUAAGUUCGUGCUGAUAUACAUUCAGAUAAAUAUAGCAUUGUUAUAUAGUUAGCGCUUAACGCGAAAUGUGAUUGGCUGAAUUGUGCUCACGUUGCUCCUUUGGGCAACAAGCAAAAAUUGUUGUCCGUUCCGCCCGGCUACGUAUACAAGGUAAACAGACAGAAUGGAGCCGUGCGUUUUUAUUUAAAUAACGGUUUUCCAGUUUGUUAAAUGAAUAUAUACAGUAUCUGACAGAGAAGAAAAAAUGCACAAUAAGCAGCCCUUUUAGAAGGGGUUUUUAUUCAAUAAAACCAUUUUUAGUUUGCUUUCGUCGCUGUAUAACAAAAACUUAAUUUCUAUAAUAGUUUUGUUUGUGGAAGCACCACGUAAAUUUAUUACUGCAAAGCUUUCGAUCCGUAAGCCUGGAUCUUCAUCAGUGCUAAUAAUAUGUGCUAAUAAUAUAAUAAUAAUAUCAUAUUAUUAGCACUGAUGAAGAUCCGGGCUUAUCGCCACGCAAUGUAUAUGUGCUAAUAAUAUAAUAAUAAUAUCAUAUUAUUAGCACUGAUGAAGAUCCGGGCUUAUCGCCACGCAAUCAUACAAAGAACUUAAUUUCUGUUCCCUCGUGAAAUAUGAUUAACUGGAUCAGGUUGAGCUGGGUCCUUCGCAAUUCAGCUUACAGAUUACAGAUAGAUUACAGAUAUUGCACAGCACACUCCCUAAUCCCUAUCAGGGCUUUUCAGUGACUGGUUACACUGAGAAGAUAGAUAGAACCGGACUGACGUGAAGCAGACCGAGGUAGACGUUGGGCUUACAAAUGGCGCUUGAGCAGCCGCUAUUAGUCCAUACCUCAUUAAUGGUCUGCCCCCUGACCUAUCCUGUUUAACCCACCCUGUCAACUUUCCCUGUGGGAGGAAACCGGAGUACCCGGGGAAACCCACGACUUUCGGCAGAGCGUUGACUUUUUACUCUUUUCACAUGAGGACUGGGUUCGAGCCACAUUGAGAAGUUCUCAUUGAGAUUUGAACCUACGGCCUUAGAGGUGAAAGGCAAGUGCACUAACCACUUCGCCACCGAAGCCCCGCUCUCCAACUUAGCUCUCGGCUGCAAGUAAGGAUGAUUAGCACACCCCACUUGCUUGCUCGCUUACUUAUGUAUAGUUACGUAGUUUUGUUUUCCCUUGAAUCUCAAUGGUUGUCUCAAUCUCAACAUUGAAUCUUUUUGGAAAACAAAAUUAUUUCCCUUGGGAGCAGACAUUAUAUAUCAUAUAAAGUGGCGCAUACUAUUACUAGUGUAAGGGAUAAUCCGUCUGGACAAACUGCACGGAUUAAAGUUAAUUCGUCUGUAUAUAUAAACGCGGAAAACCGACGGAUCAUCCGUCCGAACUGUUUAAGUAGUUCCUUUGGCAUGCACAGCAUCUUGGUUAUAAUUCGGGCGAUUAACUUAAUAUAUAUAUACUGUAUCAACAAUCAAUCUUGUUUGUGAAUCGAGUUGGUGAAUAUACGUCUUGUCUUAUAGAGUUCCAGAUUUCAAUGAAGAAAUAAAACUUAAACUGCCAGCUCAUUUAACUGAACAACAUCACUUGUUGUUCACGUUUUAUCACAUCAGCUGUUCCGUGAAGAAAGGAGAUGAUCACAGUCCCGCUGAAUUACCAAUAGGGUACACCGUAAGUGAAGUUUAAUUUUGGCGAUAGUUCAUUUCUAAGGGGCUGUUUACACGAGCCCGGGGGCGUCCAACUUCAUACCAGUGCUCGAAUUUUAUCGCGCCAAUCGCGGCAAUUGCCGUAGAGGGAGAACAAAAUGCCGUGGAUCAUUGCGGCAACGACGGCAAUUUUUUGCCGUGUAGUAUAAUUUUUGCACUAUUCACUGUGCAUUACUAUUUUGAUACUUGAAUUCAGAUGUUGAUCAAUCGUAAAGAAAACACUAAAGAAAUACGUAAACAUGUUCCUAGCUUGUCGACAAUCCAAAUAACAAUAAAAUUGAAUUUUUGUUACAGUAAUUUGAAAAAAUGCCGUGGAAGCUGCCAAAAUUGCCGUAGACAGCUGUUACGUUCUACGGUAAUUUUUAACGCCAUUGCCGUCGAUUAUUCAGGCUACCGUCGAUUGAUUUCAGGGAAAUUCGAGGCCUGCUUCAUACUAAUUUCCUUUUUACCCAUUAUAAGUUGCAUUGCACCCGAAUGCGCCCUAGUUUGUUAUUUUACUCUGUUUAACGCCAGACGAUUUUACUCGUGAUACAUGGCUGUUCACACAGGGUUCAUCGUUCUAGCCAAUUGUAACUUUUGUAAGAUUUCUGUCGCAUAUCAUCGCGAGAUAUUCCCAAUCUUAUUUCUUUGUUUAUAUUCUUAGUGGUUACCAAUGUUAAAAGAUGGUCAACUGGUGCUUGGUGAAUUUGAUCUACCAGUUUGUAUGGAACAGUUGCCUGCUAGUUACAGCAUGCUCUCACCUGAGGUUUGUACGCGCAAGAAAAGCUUCAGAGGCCGGUUGUUCAAAAGCCGGUUAGCUUAACCCUGGGGUUAAUCUAAAAUUCAAAGCAAACUUGCCAACAGCUUGUUUAUCAAAUUGGAAACAUUUCUUCAGAAAUCUUGUCUGGAUCAAUAUAUAGAAGUUUUCUCUUCAGGAGUUUUACAACUUUCAUUCAAGAGUUCUAUAUACACAAACCAAAACGCCGGGUUAACUUUUAAUCCAGGCUUAGCGCUAAUCCAGCUUUGAACAACUGGCCCCAGAGAUGUUAGAGCUGCUUCCAUCGGUUCAUUAUCGUAAUCAAUUACAGUAAAUGGUCGUCAGGCUUUUAGCCAGGAUUCGGACAGAGGGCGUCCAAUUUCGGUGACGACACACAUGUACCGGCGUUCCGCAGUUGGAGACAAUAGACACCUUAAGAUUGACGUUUACGGCAAACGUCAAACCGCUAGCGAAGUUUUUUAUUUUACAACUCUAUUAUAAUAACUUUUACACCAAUUUUGAAAUAUGUUAAACAAUUAUUAAACUUGUGGUGUUUAGCAAUGAUUUAAGAAAGCAAAUGAACCACUAGUCAUGUAUUCACCAAAAUAGUAAAUUAAGAUUUGGCGUUUGAAGUUAACGUUUGGCGUAUAAAUUUCAUGCUUGAACGACUACAAGCCCUCGUAGCAGUUCAAGUAUGAAAUUUAUACGCGAAACGUUAACUUCAAACGACAAAUCUUAAUUUACUGUUUUGGUGAAUACAUGACUAGCGGUUCAUUUGCUUUCUUAAAUCAUUGCUAAAGAGCACAAGUUUAAUAAUGGUUUAACAUAUUUCAAAAUUGGUGUAAAAGCUAUUAUAAUAGAGUUGUAAAAUCAAAAACUUCGCUAGCGGUUUGGCGUUUGCCGUAAACGUCAAUCUUAAGGUGUCUAGUGUCCCUCUGGAAAACCUAUGAAUUUUGGGUCUCUUAAACAAUAUUGAAGUUUUACAGUUCAUGUCAGCAUAGCGUACUCAAGCUCAUUCGAGAUUAUUCGGGAAAUCGUUGAGAAAAAUUUUCCUUCUCCCCCAUCGACAAUCGAUUAAAAUCGAUGAAUUGUAUUGAAUAAAUCUAGACACGUCCACUGUGAUUAAUAUCGCUUCAAAGAAGGUGGUGUGUUUUAAAACGUGUGUCAAUUGAUCACAUGCGUCGAUAAUACCAUCUCUUCGAAUUGUUUUUCAAUCGAAAGUUCUUCAAAUAUCAUGCAGUGCACGGCUGUUUUGUUGAUUCGAUUAUUGUGAAGAAUAAUCGAUUGUGACAAAACGCAAAAAAAGUUCGAUCAAUCGGGAGCAGCUCUAAGAGAUGUCAUUAACUGGAAUUCAGUUUAUUAAUUUGUGUCAACUCGCUUCUUUUUUCAGAUACAACUUCCUAGUCUAAAAUGGGUUGAUGGUCACCGAGGUGUAUUUAAUGUUGCAGUUCGAGCUGUCUCCUCUGUGCACUCUCGAGUAAGUUAUCAGUUACGCUUGGUUAGCUGUUCUUAAUGCCUCCCCAACACUAUCAUGCAUUCUAUUUAAGUUAAAACCCAGUUGGAACUUUAUUCUGUUAAUCUAGAGCUUGGAAUGGCCCCCGUAACAAUGAGUAACUGCCAACUCUCAUCAACUCUCAUUACAGUAUAUAUGUACAUGUAGCAGUCAGGGGUCGAAAUUCCCGCUAUUCCGAAUAUACUAAAAUGCCUGUCGGAAUAGUAAACUUCAUGAUCACAGUAUUCCGUUUGUAUAGUAGAAAAAAGUGUGGUACCAAAUGUCGACAAGCAAGGGUUUUCCUCUUGUAAAAUAUAUCACUUUAUACCGGACUUUGAGCCACUGUUCCACUUCGUAGCUAACUUCUUGUUCGCUUGCAAUACUUGCAUAUUCUAAUUUCUUUGCAGCAAUAUUAUUGUUGAUUUCAAGUCACUUUUCAACGCGCGGUUCCCAAGUUCGUUGCGAACUUGCCAAUUACGUUUCCAAGUUCGGAAAUUGGGCGCGAACUUCGCAACAAAGUUCGCAAGUUCAUUUCAGUGUUUGAACUUUUUUUUAUAAUUUGUUCAUCACUGUACAGAGCAAUGCACUGUACAUGUUUAUUUUUUGUUAUUCAAUUAUUCAGUUCACUUUAGGAGCCUCAAGGAUGAUUUCACGAAAAUCAGAACAUUAGCGCGGACCCUGAAUGAACAGGCUCUCAGAAACAAUACAUUAAUAAUACAUUAAUUAGGAAUAGUGGAUUUUCAGACGUAAUAGUAAAUAUUGUACAUUAAUUUAUAGUACAUUAAUUAGGAAUAGUGGAUUUUCAGACGUAAUAGUAAAUAUAAAAAUCUACUAUUCCAGCUGCAUAGUACAGCUGGCAGUGCAUCACCUUUGUAUUAAACGGAUUCUUUCCUUGCUACGGAACUAGUGUUGAACCAAGAACACGAGGGGGUACAUUUAUUAAUACUUUUAAUAACCUCCAUAAUCCAAGGGGCUAACACGAAAUUCAAAAUCUGCGCUUCAGAACUUACUUGAGUUACUGUAAGUACCCUGAAAUUACAACUUACAGGCCAGCUCUAAGAAUCAUGUGGAGGUAGUCGAGCUAGCUGUUACUGGUUGACAACUCGAAAUAUCCUUGAUUACCGCCAUCUACAUAAAUAAUACUUCAUGCAUGCUUUGAAUAACCACUUUAUAUUUAAAUGUUCUCGCUAGGAUGUGUACAUUCAUCGAUUCUUAAAGAACUGUCACCAGAUUGAGAACAGACGUUUACCUGUAUCUCCCAGUCGAUCGAACGAUGGAAACUUAGAGACAAGUCUUAAAAAGAGUGUUCUUGAUUUACGUCAAGCCCUCGCUGAACCUCUGGUGCGUUUUCUUCCAAUCAUUUUAGAAAAACUCAUCUUCUUGCUUGUUAGACCACCUGUCGUUUCUGGUCAUGUGGGUAAGUACUGUUGCUAUUAAAGUACUUUACUCAGUGUUUAUAAUAGAGAGGUUCAGAUUUGACUUCCACUGCCGUUACCUCUCAAUGGGUUAGUGCGUAUCUGAUCGAUUAAUCGGAUAUAUCAAACGCAUCUGAUUGGUUAAUCGGAUAUAUCAAACUCUUCUGAUUGGUUAAUGGUUCCUUAAUGGUAGCGGUAGCGCCAGUAGAAGUCAAAUCUGAACCUUCCUAUUAAGAUUCUUGGUACAUGAAGAAAUAUUUUCAAGUAGACAUCGUUUGUCCGCCAUGUGUUUUUUGAAGUUAGGUGAACCGUAGAAAACACAGGUUAGAAGCAUUAUAAUGUGCUGUUGCUAAUUCAGUGUCACUGAAGUCAUGCGUCAGUGUUAUGACUUUUUUACUACUGCACUUGCCAUCUGGGAAAUUAGCAAUGAAAAUUGUUGGUCCUCAAUGAGAUUUUCUUGUCAUAAUUUUGUUUCUGGUCACCUGACCCUAAACUGCGGAGGAGGCUAAGAUUUUCUGCCGUUAUUAAGCUUGUGUAGGUUACAAAAAUAAUAAUAAUAAAACCUUUAUUAAUGUGUCUAACUGAAAUAGCAAUAUAUACACAACCACUAAUAUAUAAAUAGAGUUUUAUAUUAUUCCUAAUAAUAUAGAUUAAUAGAAUGUAAAUAUUAUAGAAACCAAGAUAAUAAAUAAUUAUGGAUAUGUAUUUGAAGUAUGAUGUAUGAACUAUAAUAAACUGUUAGUGGUAUAGGAAACAGUUUACGCAUUUCCCGAAAAAAGAACAAAUAAUUUGUGAAAGAGUUUGCUUUGCAUGCGAUGAACAUUUUGAAAAUUGUUCAGAAAAACGGGUUGGGACAUUGAUGAUCAAUACAUUUGGAGAUAAAGAAGGAAUCUGGGCAGGCAAGCGGAAACUUUGUCAUGCCCGUUAAAAACAGGCAAACGUUAAGUUACAGCACUGUUUAAGUACGUCCGAUGGUAAAUAACAUGAUAGGACUGCUUGUGUUGUCUUCAAAACCUUCCUGCAACAUUCAUUUUCGUGUUUCUUUUAGUGAAUAUUGGCCAAUCAGCGUUUCAAUCUUUGGCUAAGAUAGUUGAACGAGUUCAUGAACUUCUGGAAGACAGUGUUGAUAACCAUGGUCGUAGUAGUUUGUUACUGUCUUUUGUAACCUAUGUCUUUAAUGCACCGUUCGCGCUUUCACCUGCCACAUCGUUUGGGGAUUUAUACAAAGGUAUGUCAGUAAUGAUGUUUUGGUUGUUUCUUCACUUAUUUUCGUGCACACUGUCAACUUUGAAUGGUGAAUAGAGCAUAGAUAUCUUAUAUACACUAGAUAGUGCAUCUAAAUAUUCUACAAUUCAAAAAUUGAAGCCGUGAUUGCAGACUCAGGAUAUUCCCAUAAAUUUCUAUUUCUUUAAUACGGAACUUAAAUAUUAAGGUAAACCUAUUGCAAAUACAUUUUUAAACUAUUCAAAUAAUGAAAGUUAUUGUUGUUUUUAAGCGUUUUUCAACCAGUGGGAAACACCAACAUGGCCGCCAUCUAUUCAAAUGGGGUAACCGCUGGAAUAUUCUUGGCUUCAGUUUUACUAAAAGAGAUGCGCUAUCUAGUCUAUAUAAGAUAUAAGAUAUCUAUGGAAUAGAGUAAGAAGAUAAUUAGAUAUUCUGUGCAAGUUGCCUUCUUUGUUGUCUAUGCUUCCGUGCAGGGGUUGAAAUGGGCGGGUGGCCUACAAUUUGGACCAAAUUUUUCAUCUGGGGACCAUUUGCAAAGGUAGCUUUCGUGGCGACUGAGAAUAAAACUUGAAAUAACAAUAUAAUUCUAAACCCCUAAAAUAUCUCAGUGAAUCAAGCAUUUCCGGCCUGGAUCAAAUCUAAUAGCUGAUAUUAAAUUUGGCGAGCAGAUCUUAUUCACUGGUAACUAAUUAGGCGACUAAUGUUUUUUUUUGUUUUUUUUUUUCAUUUCCACCCCUGCUUCUGUGAAUUAUUUCUGUAAAUGGGAACAGUUAUAGUAACUAUAGGCGUGUGAGUUUGUCUUUGUCUGGUGAUAUGGAAUUUCCCCCAUCACAUUUCAAUUCCCCACGAUAUUCUAUGCUCGUGUAAGGAAAUCACGUAACUAUAUAUGCGAAUGCCGAAAGAUGCUUUUCCACACGUUGAAGAAAAUUAGUGGUCCAUUGAGUGAGGCCAAGUGAAAUGCGUGCAAAGGAAUUUAAAAAUUCGUGUAUGUAGUCGUGUUGCCGUAUAAAAUUUUCGGCAACAGCAAGGAUUCACUUCUAAAUUUUCAAAUAAUAUCACGGUAUAAAAUGUGUGUAAUAUAGCCACCACGAUCGGGCGUGUUGUAUCAGAUAUGUAACUCGAGCCAAUUAAAGGCGAUAUGAUACAAUCGGACGCGAAUGCUGUAUAUACCUUGUGAAACGUAAAGAUUUGAAACGUAAUAACGAAAUUAUUAAAAUUUUCUUAAAUUGAGAAAAUUAAGGACGAAGUUAGGCAAAUCAGGAAAAUUUCGUCUUUAACAAAUAUAAAACAUUUUCCGUGUUGAUAUACAGUUAUAUCGACACGGGGGGGUUUUAUAGUAUAGCACAAAGAAAUAUAAAGAAAUAAAUUUUUCGUGUUGACAUUCAGUUAUGUCAACACGGCUCUUAGCCAAUCAGCGUUCAAAACUUACAAAUGUUAUAUUAUAAAUGUGUAUACAACACCUCAUCAAACAAUCUCACACGUUUACUUUCAGAUGAACGUCCUAUAAGCAUGCAUAUUACGCGUGACGAACUUCUACAAAGCAAGGUUCACAGCAACAGCAAUCCGUCGUUAAAUGCCGACUCACUCUCGCCAUCUCGCAGCCUGGGGAGGAAGUCUGAAGACUGGGACCUAGGACAGAUCAGCAAGUUUCCUGGGAACAGAAGUAGUAUGGCGGAAUCAAAGGCAGGUCAUAUGAGGCUGCCGCUGUCACCUCCACAUAAGAAGGUGUGUUGUCAUUUUGUACCUUGUGACUUCACAUGGCUGUACUAUGUUUGCAGCAAUCUGAGAUAGGUAUAUAUAUAAAUUCCCCUUUAUCCACGGACGGUAUAAUUUAUACUUUUGUCCAAAAGAUCACAAUGUUUGAAACUUCGUGUCUUAAGUGUAUUGGUUCGUAAAUAGUCCUAAUACUCUUCGAAACAAAUUCCACAUCUACUUUAUCUGCCGUCGCCAUAUUUACUCGCCCCAUACAAUUCUACAUGCUUCGACAUUUCGAGCAAAGGCCCUUCGUCGGGAAGGUAUAGAAAGUGAAAGCUUUAAUCACUUGAUUAAAUCUUGAUGUAAUUCGUAUGGAAAUUACUGCUUCUUUUGGAAGCUGCACUCUGGUGCUGAAUGUUGAAAGUGCUGCUUUAGAUCGUAGGUACGAUUUACUAAUUGAAUGUGUAACUUUCAUUUUAUUUUGUUUUAGCUUGUUCAUGAAGAGAUUGCUUUACAAUGGGCUGUUGCUACUGGGGAGAUUAAACAUAUGACACUUGCUCAUGCAUGGUUUUUCUUUGAGUUGAUGGUUAGUAGUUCUUAAUUGACACUCGUUAAUAUGGAUAUUUUUGCAGUUACACUAAUACAGUCUAUACUUGUAUACGAUUUUACAGUCUACUCCAUUGUAACCACACUGCAAGUACAUAGUACAGUACAAUAUGUUGCACGUAACAAUGUGUUUAUGAAUUAUGACUGUAUGGAUGAUUAUCAUAUCACCAUAUCACUUCUUCAAUUUUAUAGUAGGACUUUAUUACAUUUGAAGUGUACGCCUUUGAGAACACGUAAAUUUGAAUCAAAUUUUGACUUUGAUCCUUAAUUCCACUUUCCUGAAGGGAAGUGCAUGAAUCUUCAGGGAAGGUGCAAAAACUCUCAGGGGAGGUGAAAACGAUCUCAGGAGAGGUCUGCACCUCCCCUAAAAAUCCGGCCAUUGUGCACCAUAAUACAGACCCUGUUAUGCAGUACAGUAUGGUAUAUGGUGCGGUACCGCAUGACACAGUACAGCACAAUAGGGAGGUUAAGAUACCCCGGUUUACGAGUAUCGCCAUUUUGUUUACCAAAUUUUGCUGAUGUCAGCAUGUUUACACGUAAUUUCUACCCGUUUCCCCGCGGUAGACCAUGGUCUACACGUUAAAGACAAACGGGUACGGGUGUUUUCUGUUUACUAUAUUUGUAGGGCGUUUAAGCAGUGAAAUAUUUCAACAUCUUGCCUAAAUAAAUCAACGCACAUUUGUUUCCCAAAUCUACGGUGAACCUCAACAACAAAAGUUACUAUUCUCCAAUCGGUUUUCGUACCCCGGGAUAUCUUGGAUUUCUUAAGUUGCAAGUCGUACCCAUUGAAUGGUCGUACCCCGUUCUACGUUUAUGUGUAUAUCACAUGUACCCGUAAAUCGGAAGCGGGGUAUCUUAAUUAACUUCUCUAAUCUACUACAGUACAGUAUGUUACGGUAAGGUAUAGUGCAUGUGAUACAGACAGCACACUACAGUUUUGUAUACAAUACAGUGCUAAAAGUGUAAACCUACCAUUUAUUUAUGAAGGUAAAAAGUAUGGCCCAGUAUCUGGAUAGCAUUGACAAGUUCUACUUCUCAAGAAGUAGACGCUUUCCUGAUCAAUUUAUGGAUGACGUCAGAGCUCUUGUAGCCAUGGCAACGUCGGAAAUUAUUGAAGAAUUUAGUCAGGUACUUACAAGUUCUACUCUUGCUUUGUGGCGUUUACAAAUUGUGGCACGGAGUGUAAAAUUCAGGGGUCGGUUGUUCAAAUGCCGAUUAGCUUAACCCUAGGUUAGCCUAAAAUUCAAAGCAAACUUCCCAACAACUUGUUUAUUAAUUUGGAAUAUUUCUUCAGAAAUCUUGUCUGGGUCAGUAGGAGUUUACUUCUCUGAAGUUUUGAAAUAAACAGACUUGCAGAAAUACACAAACUAAAACAGCAGGUUAAAUUUUAACCCAUGGGUAUCGCUAAUCCAGCUUUGAACAACCGGCCCCUGGCCUUAUUUAAAGCUUGUCGUUUCAAGACUUUGUGGCAAAUGUAUUGUCCAGAGGCCAGUUGUUCGAAAGCUGAAGGCAAUCUUCCCAACAACCCUUAUUUAUAAACAUGCUAAUAUUUUUUUUCAGAAAGCGGGUUACAUUUUAACACAGUUUAGGGUUAGCCAUUAUCUAGCUUAUAAGAAGAAGUUGACAACGGCAGUCAACAUGUACCUGUAGUAUGUAAUCAAGGGUUUUGUACAACCGGCCACUUACCACUCAAAUAUAGAUACUGUAACUGCAUUACCACCACGCUUCACUAUUUUGUGAACAUAAAUCCGAGAUUUGAUCGUAAUAAUAUUAUGUACAUAUUUGCAACCAAACUGAUCUCAACAGACCGAAACCAAUCUCAACAGAUCGUGAGUGCAUUGCUUUUCAGGUAUUUGUCGCGCAUUAAAUAUCUCUUGAUUUGUCUAAUUUUAAUUGUACUCUGUACAGGAUCCUUCCUUGGCUAAAGACUUGAAUUCCUACUUGUCCUUUUUCUUCUACGACAUUCUGUCUCUGAUGGACCGUGGAUAUGUUUUGAAACUCAUAAUGUAUUACUAUACUGAGGUAUGUUCACGCCAUGAAAACGAUCGAAUUCCUUCAGUAUAUUAAGCGUAGACGGGAUUUAAGCGCACUUAACAGAAUAUGAUAGAAAAGAAUAUCAUUCUAUUAUAGCCUUAUACUGUAUAAUUUUUUUCUGUUUUGCGAGCUGUUUUGUUUGCCAUUAUUCCCAUUCCUGUUUACCAGUUUUUGCCAUGAUUUAUGUUUGUCAGUUUUCUACUGUUAGCGCGUGUCGAUUUCUUGAAACGAUUUAAUUGAUUUGUGAGGUCACGAGAGAAUACUCGAAUGUUAACUAUCAUGGUUAAUAAAUAUGUAAACAUGUCGAGGUUGUUAAACAGCCAUAUUUUCAAAUAUACUACUUGUACAAGCAAUGUACAAAUGUACUUGAACAAGCAAAUUUACUGUACUGGGCUACAGCGACUGUCCAGUCACGCAUACGUGAUAAAAAGCCGCUUUAUAAGGCCAAAAAAAAUGUGGGUUUCCGGUUUCCCGACCCUACCUAGCUUUUGGACGUCGAAAUCCCGACCCUAAACUUUUUUAUUGGAUCAUGCUUGUAAGUGUUUCCACUUCGAGGAAAAAGUUUGUGGAAAAUUGAAAUUUGAGGCAAUAUUAGGGAAAUUUAUCUUUGGAUGUGGAAGCACUGACUAAACAAAAUGGCGUCCGCUUGUUCGGAAAAUUAAAAAAAAAAGUUUAAAAAAAAAAGUUAAAACCGACCUACCCUACCUACGUUUUUAUAAAUGAGAAGAAACCGGAAACCCACAUUUUUUUUGGCCUAAACAAAACAGAAAACGUAACAGAACGGCGAACAUGCAGAUUCGACCAUCUCAAAUAAUGGUAAUGUUGGGAUAGUAGCGGUGCAGACUGCAGAGGAGAGUGUGCAGUAAGGCUCCCUCAUGCAUUACCCCAUGGAAAACCUGCAUCCCUCGAUCCUUACUGAUGAGGCUAGAUCCGCCCUUGAUGUGUAUCAUCAGAACCAGAUUGAGAGAGUGAUACGCAGCACAUUGCAAAGAGAGAUUAGUAAUUUCCUAUUCUUUUAAUUUAGAUUAUGGCUGCGACUGUACAAAAGCCUGGGCUAGCAGAGCUUCGACUUAACUCCCUGCGUAUCAUUUGCAGUCACGAACAUUACGUCACUUUAAACCUUCCCUUCAAGAUGCCACUGUUUCCAUCUCCUCAGAUCUCGCCAUCGCCAUCCUUGGCUUCUAUUGAGUCCAGUGCAUCGUCCAUGAUGACGUCAUCCAUGCCGCCCAGUAUGGCUGAACUGUCAGUAAGUUUUCGUCGACAGCAUUACUUAUCUGGAUUACUGCUGUCUGAAUUGUCGCUUGCUAUGGAUGGAAGGUAAGCAGUAAGGUGGAUAUAGUAUUUAUACAGAAUACAAAUUAUCGAGUAUAACUAGAAAUGCAUGCGAACAGCAACCCUCGCCUAAAUUUUCCAAACAUUGAUUUAACAUGAAGUAUUCGCAUUGAUCAACACUGGACGCAGGCUCGCGUUGUGUUGUCAUGUGUUGCCAUAAUAACAUGAUCAAUUAUAUUUUUUUGUACAAAAUGGCAAAAACACUUGAAGGAUUAGUACUUUUAAACUAUACACAAUUACUAUUCCAAAACUUGUUUUGUAGGUAUGUUAUUGUAACGUAAAAUUUAACCUGAUUAUUUAACCCAUUAUUUUUGGAAAAAUAUUGACGAGGGUUUACUACAACAUUUUGGGCUCUGAAGGCAGUGGACGGAUCGUUCCAAUUUGUGCGCUCUAUUGGAGGAUGUGCGUCUACAUGAGGAUGAGUGAAUGUUGCACCCACCAGAAAUGACAAACAACCGUGUUUGCCAAAACAAACGAACUACUGGUCAAGUUGAACAACAUUCGUUGGUAGUUUAUCCAUGCUGUUAGACUCGCAAACUAACGUCCCAUAACAAAAAACUUAUUGAGGAUACGCGAGUGUUUAGGCUGUUGAGUUGGAACGUGAACAUGUUGAAGUUGUGUCCAUGUUCCAUUUGAUAAUUUCACAAAUUUCAUUCUCUUCCAUUCAAGUUUCAUGCAGUAUCUGGCUUCUGUUCUUUGUUCUAAAGUACACAAUUUUGAUUGGUAACUUUGACUGCUUUUCCAUAAUGACGGAUAUUGAUUUCUUGGUUCGUAUAAAGUUUUUCUCGUGUGAGCUCAACUUUGCAACAACGUUUUACGUUUUCCUCAUUUCUGUUUAACUUUCUGCGUCCACCUUUUCAUACAUUGCUGCCAAAUUACCUUUCAAUGAAUCAUCUCUUGUCUAAUGUCAGUACAACUAUUAUAAUAUGGACCAGGUGAAGUAAAUCUCGUUUAUUCACUUCAAGUUGACAUCCUUGGUUGCAAAGAUAUUAACUUGAAAUGAAUAAACACAUUUUCUGACAUGCCUAUCGAGUUCAUCUCUAUGCCCAUGUCAUAGAAUGUGGGUUUGGACAAGAUGUCACAGCUCAAUAAAUUAUCCACAAACGGCAUCGAAGAAUUGACAAAUAUCCAUUUCAGACAGUAAGUUCUUUAUACAGUUUGGCACAAAAUAAAGACAGUGAAUGGUUCCGUACAUGAAGGACGCGUAGGAAUGUUUAUCAGAUGUUUGGCCAUACAAAUGAUACGAAAAUUCGGACCUGUCAAAAUCAACAUCACUUUUAUCAACGGGACGUUCAGGAAGAUUAUAGAAAUUGAGGCCUGAUACACGAAAGACGUGAUACACGAAAGACGUUUAUGAAUGCUAGUCAGAUGCUUGGACAAAUAAGAUCCGAUACAGAUUACAACAUGCAAAAAUUCGGACUUGUCAAAAUCAACACGUCUUUUGCCGAGCUUGUACUGAAUGUACGGCAAAAAUAAUGUUGGUUUUGGCAAGUCGUGGCCGCAUCCUUGAAACCAUUGGUGCAAGUAAAACGUUGCAAAAUCUGGCUAAAGGCUGAUUUCCACUUUUGCGUUUUUCCUACGCAUGUACACGCACGUAAAACUUUGAAUCCUUCUAUUUUUUAAAUAUUUUACAAAUAAGUUAACAAAUGCAUACUAAAACUUGCGGAACACUAAAUUCUGUUGCUUUAUUUAUUUCGUUAUUUCAUAAGUAACAUUUAAACGGAUUUAAAGUUUUACGUGCGUAUACGUACGUAUGAAAAACGCAACAGUGGAAAUCAGCCUUAACAACCUAUUCAAACCGUUCAUCUUCAUAGCCAGUGUCGUAUUAUUAUUAAAAAAUUAUUAUUAAAACUUUAUUUACACACGGUAUUCUCAUCAGGAUUUAACAUGCAACUAACUAAAUUAGAUAAAUUACAAAAGUAGAACCACGCUAAAGUAAAUAGAAAAUAUAAUACCUGCUUUUCAUGAGGGCCGUGUACUAAGCUAAUAUAACAAUAUAUACAAGGACAAUAUAUUUGGCACAGCCCGAUCGGAAAUUUAUCAAGUUAUUUGCUUGCCGUAGCCCAAUCGGAAGACUGUUCCACAGCACCGCACCACUAUAGCUAAAGCUAUUCUUGAGAUAGUUUGUGCGGGGCUUGGGAACAGCUAGUUUGUUCUCAGUGUUUCUCAGCGAAUAAGGAUUAACACUGUCACGGUUUACAAACAUGGAAUGCAUGUAAUAAGGAGCAAGACCAUUUAAUGAUUUAUAGACCAUGACAGCUUUUUGAAACUGGCGCUGGGAUGCUAAUUUUUUCCAGCCAAGUUUCUCAAUUAAACCAUCAGCAUUAGUGUCAUAACUGGAGAAUGUUAGUACUCUCGCUGCACGAUUUUGUAGUUUUUGAAGUUUUUCAGCUGGGGUUUUGUUGCAAUUGUCCCAAAUUGUGCAACAGUAAUUGAAAUAUGGCUGAACCAAGGAAUUAAAAAUUAAUUGCAAUGUUGCGACUGGGACAAAUGAUCGAACACGUUUUAAAGCGCCAAUACCAGAAGCAAUCUUUUUUGUUAAUUCAUUAAUUUGUAUAUUCCAAGAUAGAUUCUCAUCAAGGUACACUCCGAGAGACUUUGCUUGUAAAACCUUGUCAAUAGGAACCCCGUCUAUUUCUAAACAUGGAACUGAUCGAAAUGUGGCUAUUCUUUGUCGUGAGCCAAUUAGCAUAAAUUCAGUUUUGGAUUGAUUUAGAGUAAGCUUAUUGGCGAUAAGCCAUUUGUUCACAUUUGCAAGGUCAUGAUUAAGGUGAUAAUUUAUGUCGUCAAUAUUGUUACUUGCAAAUGUUAAAUUAGUAUGCAGCCAUUUUAAUCCAAAUUAAAGUCACGGACUUGAAAUUCGUGACGUAAUUGGCGACGGGAGUGGAUUUGGAACGCUCAGGAAAAUUAGAAAAAUUGAGGCUCGAUAAGGGAAGGACGUGUAUGAAUGUUUAUCAGAUGUUUGGACAAUUAGAUCCGAUGCAGGUUAGAAGAUACGAAAAUUCGGACCUGUCACAAGCAACACCUCUUUUGUCGAACUUGUGCUGAAUGUUCGACAGAAGUGAUGUUCAUUUGGCAAGUCCUGAUCGCAUCCUUGAAAUCAUUGGUGGAAAUAGAACAUUACCGUUCAUCUUCAUACCCAGUGCCGUCCACCGCCGUUUUAAUUCAAAUAAAAGUCAUGGGCUUGAAAUUUGGAACGUAAUAGAAGGGUGGGGGUGAAUUUGGAACGUUGAGGAAGAUCAUUGAAAUUGAAGCUUGUUAAAGCGAUUUCCUGUACUUUCUUGCGGCAAACUGAAGAACUUGGACAGCAAAAGUGCAAGUGAAAUCGAAGUGAAGAAAAUGAUCUGUCAGCACUGGUAAUGAGAUAGCCUCUGAGGAAUUUUAGCAUCACUUGACAUCUUUAACAUCUGGCUUUGGUUGGACCAAGCUCUUCCAAAAACUUGGCCCGGUUAGUAUGUUUUUUUCCCUUCCAAACUCAGUGACUGAUACGGAACAUCAAACUUCGAACAGCAUAGUCAGCUACAGGUUUCAAUGUUCUCAGCUACAAGACUUAUUCAGCAUCGCACUUGCAUAUUCUAAGAGUUAUUUGGCGUGAAUACUAACGUAUGGCUGGAAGUAGAUUCUCCAACGUUGCCAUUUUUUCCUGGAAUAAAAUAAUUAUCGCUUCAAGAGUCUGGUAUGAUCUGUAUUGGAAUACAGGCUUCCGGAAAGUACACCAUCUUGUUAUAGAGCCUCUUUUUCGUUCUUGAGACGUUGGUAAAUGGUAAUGAAUAGUUUAGACGCUCGUGUAGAUACUGUUUGAAGUUGAUGGAAACUUAGAAAAAAUUAGCGUAAAAUGGAAACUAAAUUAAAUAUUGACAUAAUUUUGUUCAAUGUUUAAAAUCGCUUUCAAAAUGAUACUGGUCAGUUUUAGACAUUGCUGCCUCAGCAGGAGUUGGUAAGUGGAGUGAAUAUAGCAGUAACUAUUUAGAAAUUUCACUAUAUCGUAUGUGUUUUGUUUUGUGUCAAUGCCGUUAAUUGCGGCCUAGUUAUCUGCAUGAAUACACCGGCGAAAAGCUGGCCUUGACAUGGGAAUGCAUUCUACACGAACUAAUACGCCUAUCCCGUAUAAUUAUAUAAAUUUCACACUUGGUUAAUAAUAUGUAUUUCAAGCUAAUUUUAAAAAAUUGAAAUUAUCUGUGAAAGCAAAUGUGCAAAAUGCACAAAGUCAUGCCCGGUCAUGUUCUACCAAUAGCACUAAAUCAACUGCUUUUUACUUUCCGCGUUCGGGUGGCGUGACGCAUUUCGUGCCAUUGCAAAUUCUCUACAUUGAGCUAAGCCUUAAAGGUCAAUGGCAACAUUUUAUUGUCUCAUUUGAAAGAAUCUUAUCUAUAAAAUCUUGUUACAGAUUUUUCAUAUCAGCUUAACUCUUGAAAUAUUUUGACUGAAAGCGAUGAGCUGUCCGCCAUCUUGGAUUAAUUUUUAACUUCAUGAACUAUCGUUUUGAUGAUGUCAAGAGUGAGGUUUAAAAUCUUUUUAUUCAAUUGGAAAUUUGAAAUAGCAACCAAAAACGAGUUUCCUGUUCAUAUUGAUCUCUGGCUGUCAAGAUAAUAAACUUGCGUGACCCCACUUGUGACGUAAUAUGCAUAUCCUCAAUAAUCCAAUAUGGCGGACAACUCAUUGUCAUUGCUUUCAGUCAAAAUAUUUCAAGAAUCAAGCAAGAUAUGAGAAAUCUGUAACAAGAUUUUAGAAAUAAUUUUAAACGUUCUUUCAAAUGAGACAAUAAAAAUUAUUGUUUAGUUUAGUUUAGUUUAAUAGAUUUAUCACAAAUUACAUACGAAACAUAUUACAGACAGUAGUUACAGUUUGUGGCAGGGAAUGAAAACAGGACAAAAGUCCCAAUUGACAUUCAAUCCCUUAAAUGGUAUUCUCCUUUAACUUUAGCACGUAUUUUUCCGCCUAGUGACCCUGCUAUACAAGACCAAGCGAUUGACUGUAUCACGGACUUAAUAAAGUGCCAUGAUUCAGACACGAGAUAUGAUGAACCAUCAUGCAGAGCUCGAGUUGCCUCUCUUUAUCUUCCUCUUUUGGGAGUUGUCAUUGAGAACUUUUCCUUUCUUCAUGGAGCUCCGCCCGAUGAUAACAAUGGCGAGUUAAGUCUAUCCGUUGCGAACGCUAUUGCUACCUCGACCCUUACCUCGCGAUGGGUACCAAACAACGAUGAUAUGGGCAAGGAUUAUUCAAGUCAGGUAAGGAUUUUCGUGUGGGUUUUUUAGGUUUUCGGAGUUUAUAUACGACAUGCUCGAUGUUCUAUCCUAGGAGUGCACCAGAUAUGUCGGAUAGUUGAAAAAUACCCUGACGAAUAUCGCAUUUUUUUAUAUAAGGGUUGGGCUUUCAUUUAUAAGAUAAAUAAUAAUUUUAAUAGGUUAUAAAGUUGAGGAGGGUGGGGGUGUUUGUAAUAUCUUGACUAGCCUAACAUCGAUAAACGUGCAUAGUUGCAAAAGCCUUGUCCACAAAUUUCGAAAAUAAAAUCAAUUUUUUCGCAUUCGCAAACGGGCAUGACAAAACUGCCAGCUUCACUCUGAUCAUUUCAAAUAAAAAUAAUAUAGAUACGCCUGAACCUUAUAUACCGGAUAUCAAGAUUAUCUUACUAUCCGGUUGGAUAUGAUAUUGGUCGGAUAUAUGAUAUCCGGUGAAAAUGUUUUUGAAUUGUGAGGAUUUUGUCAGUUGAUCGUAAGUUAUGAGAAGACCCCCAACAUGAGAGGUGACCCCCAACAUCAUGAGAGGGGGCCAGGAGCAAGUUCUCGACUGCCCUGUUUGGUUAAUUAAUCGGGGUGAAGUUAAAUAUAUUAGACUGUUUCAUUUGUGGUGGCUUACCUUUUAAUCUCUGUUUUUGUCUUACAGAAAUCUCAGCAGCCAAGCCUGACACCAGAGUCCACACGUAAACUACUGCUGUGUUUCCUGUGGAUCAUCAAGAACGAAGAGUCUGGAGUUUUGAAAGAAUGGUGGGCAAGACAACCAUCGUCAAUGUAAGUACAAAUCUACAGUAUAAACAAUGGAUAAUUUGGUCUAAUGAGAUGUAUAUAAAUUUCUGCUUGAUGAUUUCCAUAUUGAAUCGAGUGUGAUGCAAAAAAAAACACAGACUGGAUAACUCUUUCAAUACGGGAAACACGUGUUUAAAACGCCAAAAAGAACGAGGAGAAGAGUAUGGGUCAGAAAAUUUCAAUGUUCUAAAAUAUCUUUUGAAAAUGACCAUGAAAGGGUUAUAGCAAUGCUGUGAAUGGUAGCUUAUACUGUAGUGAAUAGCUGCAGUAGGAAACAAAACUGUAACAAUAAAUAUACAACCAAGAAAGCAUUGGUGGGCUAUAUAUUAAGCAGAUUUGUUAUAUCACAUUAUGGCUUAAAAAGUGAGAUUUCCGACAACAAAAGGGUGUUAGUACGUUUGUAACAUAAUUUCGUCCCCCGCCCAAAUAUUUUUCGAAUCUUACAUUAACCCAUGUAUGUUGCUUUGCAACAAGAAAACGAGGGUGCCCCCUGACAUGUCAUUCUGAAAAUAACUCAUGCACGAAUUGGUUAAAGGUUAAAGUGGAAGUCAAGUCCGUUCUGCGCAUCGGUUCUGCUCAUAACAAUGUGAGGACCUCUAAUGUAAACAUUGCCCAAAUUUCGAAUGUUUCAAUUUUUUCUGAACAUAAAGUCUAUUUCAUAUUCAUUUAGAAACAUAGCGAACCAAAAUGGUGUUAGAUAUUCAGACAGUACAUCAUAUUUUAAAAAAUACAGCAGUUCAAAAUGUAAACAAACCGUUUGUUUACAUUACGGACUUGACUUCCACUUUAACAAUAAAGGAUCUAAGACAACGCCGAGCAGUUCCUUACUGAGACCUGACUUAGUUUGUUUACACUAGUGGAGGGCUAAAGCCACACUUUAGAUACGAGUCAAACCAAUACACCCUUUUUAGUAAAUGACGCAAGGUGAUUGGCUCACGAUUCAUGAGAGCGAGGCUCCCAGGCCAUAUGACGUAAUUAUCGAAAGGGUGUAUUGGAUCAUAACGGUCAAACGAUUGAGGAGGUUACGACUCUCAUUCCCAGAAGGCCAGCAGUUUAUACGGUGACGUUUUGUUGAUAUAGACGUUAAGCGGUACUGAUGAUGUCAACAAGAUUGUUGUUAACAUCUUGUUCCAAACUUGUUGAAAACUUGGGACAAGCAAUGCGAAAACAACUUGUUGACGGCUUGUUGGCAGACUUGCUACAAGAUGUGAGAUUUUUUGCGUGUGUACAUAAUGGCAGUAAUAAGAUUGAUAGUGAUUGGCAGGGAUGCAACUACCUGAAAAAUACAAGGAGAACUUCGACGUUUCAAGCGGAGGUUCUUUGCGACUAAAGGUCGAGGCACACCGGACGCGAUUCGACAACGCGACGCGAUAUUUUAGUUUUCGAAAGUUAAUAAAACAGCCAAUGAGAGCCAAUUUUGAAAGAAUAGUAGACCAAAUAACUUAAAAUGUUUUAGCGCUUCUAAAUAUUUGGAAAAUUUAAACUAGGAUCAAACUUAUCUGUCAGUGAAAAUCGAGAAAUCGCGUCGCGUUGUCGAAUCGCGUUCGGUGUGUCUGGACCUUAACUUCCCGACGAAGAGCCUUCGCUCGAAUCGUCGAAGUUGUCCUUGUAUUUUUUCACGUAGUUGCAUCCAUAUCAAUUUGGAGCUUAACUGGAAAGCAGCCUUUAAAGAUGGUGAGCGCCGUUCUUGUUUAAAAGCACGUGCGUGAAUCUGUUCCUGAACAUAGAAUUAGUUCGUAAUUCCUGUAUAUAUAAGAACCGUUCACGCCAUGCCGUACGUCAAAGCUCUCCAAGUUAAUAAACAUUUUUCUUACCAAUAUAUGUGUAUUUUGUAGAGUAUGUCGGCUACUCGAUGUCCUAGAUUUAUGCGUGACUCAGUUCAGAUACAAAGAAGUACAGACUUCGGAAACAAAGGCAACAGCGGUGCCAUCAAAGCCAGACAGUUCCACGGCGAAAGCGAGGUUAGAAGAAGCUAUUCUUGCGAAAGGGGCUGCACGUGAGAUGAUGGCUCGACACAGAGAGAGCAGAUUUUUGUUAGGUAAGACACACAAGUGUGAGUUCACGAUCGAGCACACGCGCCUAAAGCCGGUUUUCCACUGGCGAAAUUUGUUGCGCGAAUCUUUUGUCUUAUAAGCUCUCGGCUGGAACUAAUUAGAUUUUUAAUAAAUUAUUUUCAAUUUUAACAAUAAAAAUUCGCUUCGCGCGAAGAAAUUCGCUUGUGGAAAACAGGCUUUACACUGUCGAUGCAAUGGAAGUGUUGAUAAAAUAUUGCACCAAUUCCUUUCCCCAAGUUGAUCAAUUCAUUUGAUAGAAAAUUGAUCAACUCCCUGUUACUUUUAGAUGAGCCAAUUAGAUUUCGUUUCAGAACCGAUUGACCAAUAGGAGACGCACAGGAAGUAAAAAGAAAUUUGAAUUCGUAUGAAUUGAUCAACUUGAGGAAAUGAAUUCAUGCAAUACAGUAUUUUAUCAACACUUCCAUUGCAUCGACAGUAAGCCCAUUUCCGCAGGGCGAAUUUGUUGGCGCGAAGGGAAGCGAAAAACCAAUAUUGGCAAUGUGAUUGGUCAGCGAAAAAAUCCGCUACGAAAAAGUUGGAUCAGUUCCUACUUUUUUACUGUCGGCGCGACAAAUUCGCUUAGUGGAAAAUGAGCUAAACACGCGUCUAAAGACAUGGGUGCGCGCACUUUGUCGUGCGCUUUUUUGUCAAGAUAGAAGAACGAUUUCAUGGACAUGUUAAGUUAUUUUUUGGUUUGAUUGAAUUUGGCGUGUUCAAUAAAUAUUCUGUUAUUAAUGUAUUGCAUGCAGGUGCUUGAUUACCAGAUGCAUGCCGAAACCCAUGCAUGCCGAAGACAUGUGUUACUGACUCUUGCUUUAUUAAGUGUCUACAAAAAGUGCCUUUGACCAGACAGGUGUGGUCAGGCGCCAGAAAUUUGUUUUUGUCAAAGCAACCCCGCCGUUGGACAGAUUUGUAAUUAACUUAUUGUAUUACUUUCUGACCUUAUAACUUAUUAAUGCCAUGUUUUGAGCCUCAGUAACGUAAAUUAUUGCUUAUAUUUCUCCUCAUUUCUUCUUUAUUCUAUAUUCUAUAUUAGAUAAGGUUACUGGUCUUUCUGCAGCAGGUGAAGCCAAGUUACGUUGGAAGAAAGAUCAAACUCAGUACAAACAAGCUAAACAGCAGGAAAGGUAUGGUAUGGUCAGGGUAUUAGCUAGCCCAUAUAUACUGUCCGUUUGACGGACUCUUCCCAUUUGAAGUAGGUAAGGGGCUUUCCCAACUGGGUCUACUGGAAGAUUUUCAUUUUUUCUGAUGAUAAAAUGCAUUGCGUUUGAUUUUAUAUUAUUAUAUCAAAGAACGUUGUAUUUACUUUUUCCCAUUAACUAUGCCCCUAUAUAAAAAUGGCCAGCGUAGUAUUCCUGGAAACUACAGACCAAUAUCAGUUUUACCGGCCAUUAGUAAAAUUAUGGAACGGAUAUUGUAUGAUCAACUGUAUAACUAUUUAACAAAAUUUGAGCUUCUCAGUGAUUCCCAAUUUGGAUUUCGAAAAUUUCACUCUACAGCUAGUGCACUACUAGACUGUACUAAUGAUUGGUAUGUAAAUCUAGACAGAAAAAUGUUUAACCUAGUAGUUUUAAUUGAUUUGAAGAAAGCCUUUGAUACUGUUGAUCAUCAAAUUCUGCUGAACAAAUUAGAGCUCUAUGGAAUAAAAGGACAAGCUCUAACUUUGCUCAAAUCCUAUCUCACAAACAGAAACCAGAAGUGCCAAAUAAAAAACUCAUUUUCAUCUGAGCGCUUGAUAAAAUGUGGUGUACCACAAGGCUCUAUAUUAGGGCCAUUAUUCUUUUUGUUGUACAUCAAUGAUUUGCCACAUUGUCUAAACAAAACCAAACCGCGGUUGUUUGCUGAUGACACAAAUUUGACUGCUUCAGCAAAUUCUAUGACUGACCUAGAGACUGCAGUAAAUUCUGAUUUAGAGAACCUUAGAAAAUGGUUAAUAGCCAAUAAACUUAGCCUCAAUGUAGCUAAGACAGAGUUUAUGUUGAUUGGCUCUAAACCUAUGAUCAAAAAUAUUUCUGAUUCUUGCCCAAAUGUUUACAUUGAAAAUAUACAAAUUAAACAAGUUCAUGAAUGCAAAACUCUAGGA